AGUCUGAAUGCGUUUGUCCUGAAUUCCCGAGGAGAUGUUCAGUGCCGAAGGGGCCCAAGGAAUGGACCACACCAAUGGCCCGCAUCCCGCCAGUACACAAAUGCUGUGCAACUCAAGUGCAUCACCUGCGCUAUCGGUAGCCAAGCCUCACUGGGGGUGACACACUGCUGCUGACUGGGGCAAGAACAGGAUGCACGCGGUCGGGUGAGUUCUGCGCAUGGCUCGGAGGAGGGAACAACCUCGCGCAUUUGGGUUCGGAUUAAACCUAGAUCAUACAUCCAGGAAUGGAGCAGCUGCCGGCAAUUUGCCAGCUCAGUCGCAUAAGCGCGAUGAAGAUUCAGGUAUUGGUCACUUGUUACCUGUUCCAAGUGUGAUCUCGAAGCUUGUCGUGCAUAUGUUGUUGAUCUCUGGGGUAGGCCAUCCAGUCAUUCGCAGUGCACAUACCCGAGACGGCGAGACUCACUGCAACCACGGGAUAGCGAGUGAGAGCCAAGACGUAUCAUCCUUCUCUGGACAGCAAUUGUUGCUAUUCACAUCGUACCCCCUCCACUUCUAUUUCCAGUCGAAGGAAAAGUGUUCACGCGACUCUGCACGGCGUAGCAUUCUAGAAAAGUCUCGUCACCAGGUCUGCCUGCUGAUUAGUGGAGUAUAUGCAGUUGAAGCAUUUGCCGAGUGUGGCGUGCAGAUCUGUAACUUGGAACUGAAUACCGGGUCUUCUUCAACGUAAUUACCCCCUCAUCCGUUACAUUAGAUUUGGGUUGUGACAGAGUCAGUGCCCAAGCACCCGCUGGGGAGGGCCGAAAUGAUCGAAUGACGUUCUUGAUCAUCUCCAAUGGAGGAUUUAUUCUCUCAAGACGGUAGCAACGG